ACUCGGACAUAGCCUAGCGGGUACACAGUCGUCGGUUUUACGAAUCGCCGGUUGUUCGGAAAACUGUUGCGCUUACCGCUGCCAAAUCGGAAUAGUUCAAAAUGAGUGGAUCUGGUAAGAGCCUUCUUGGUCUAUGGCUUUACCGAACUGGAGAAGAUUGGACUUUGAGGGAGACAUCUCAAACAGCUUCGAGAUCUGCAGUGAGUGGUCGAUCAGAUCCAACAAGACUCGAUUCGAGAAACUCUGUAAUAUUCUCGUUGAAAAAUCAAGUUGGUGGACUAGCUCGAGCGCUUCAGGUUUUUCAAGAUUUAGGUGUCAAUGUUUUGCACAUUGAAUCUAGACCAUCUCACCGUAGAAAAUCAGAAUUCGAAAUUUUGGUAGACGUGGAAUGCGACAAUAAAAAAAUGGAGCAGUUGACUGGAAUGUUAAAGCGUGAGGUUGCAGCUAUAAAUUUAGCGACGUAUGAGAGUGGUGCCGAAGUACCACCUCCUACCCCGAUGUCAGCAACGGCCAGUUUCGAUUUCUCAGAGUUUGAGCUUCCGUGGUUUCCGAAAAAAAUUUCUGAUUUGGAUAGAGCUCAACGAGUAUUAAUGUAUGGAACAGAGUUAGAUGCUGAUCAUCCUGGAUUUAAAGAUCCCGUUUAUCGGAAAAGGCGUGUCGAAUUCGCAAACAUAGCAAACUCUUAUAAAUAUGGACAUCCAAUACCAAGAGUUCAGUACACACCAGAAGAAAUCAAGACGUGGGGUACCGUGAUGCGUGAACUCCACAAAUUGUACGUGAAGCACGCGUGCAGGGAAUACUUGGAGAACUGGCCAGAACUUGUUAAGUACUGCGGUUACCGGGAAGACAACAUUCCACAGUUACAAGACGUUAAUAUAUUUUUGAAACGUAAAACUGGUUUUCAAUUACGACCGGUUGCCGGGUACUUGUCGCCGAGGGAUUUUCUAUCAGGACUGGCUUUUCGCGUAUUCCAUUGCACGCAGUAUAUCAGACAUUCGUCAGAUCCAUUCUACACACCGGAACCCGAUUGUUGCCAUGAGCUAUUGGGCCACAUGCCACUAUUGGCUAAUCCCACGUUUGCACAAUUUUCGCAAGAACUAGGACUCAACUCGUUGGGUGCCAGUGACGAGGACGUCGAAAAGUUAGCAACAUUAUACUUCUUCACCGUGGAAUUCGGAAUGUGUAAACAAGACGGUGAAAUGAAAGUUUAUGGAGCUGGGUUGUUAAGCUCGGUGGCGGAGUUACGACAUGCGAUUGAAACUAACGAUAAAAUAAAGCGAUUCGAUCCCGAAGUUACGUGUCACCAAGAAUGCAUUAUAACAUCGUACCAAAAUGCCUACUAUUAUAGUGAGACAUUUGAAGAAGCUAAAGAAAAAAUGAGAGAAUUUGCCGAUAGUAUUCAAAAGCCGUUUGGUAUACGUUACAACCCUUACACGCAGAGCGUGGAAAUUUUGAGCAAUACAGACAAAAUCGUGGCUUUAGUGUCGGAGCUAAGAGGUGACUUAUGUAUCGUAAGCAAUGCACUGAGAAAAAUACACGCUGAAGACGAAGCAGUCGAGAAUAUCAAUAAUAUGUUACACAAAGGAAUGAACGUGGGUGGAAUAUCUCCGGAAAAGUCUCCUGAGAAGAAGUAAAGGCAUCUUGAAGAAAUUGGAUCUUCACACAUUAAUUAUAAGAAAUAAUCAGUUAUUUAUCAAAACAUUUUAAUCAGUUAAGAUACUUUAUUAAUGUUAUUAUUAUAAUUAUUAUUAUUACAUUAUCGUGUUGAAGUAAAACGUAAUGGUGAGCGAUUAGAAUCGUAAAAUUAGUUUUAUCGAUGUUUUAUUUAUUGUUAUUAAAUUAGUUGAUGGUAGAUUUUUGACUUAGAAAUUAAGAAUAUAUGAUGCAUUAACUCUGAUAUUUUUAUAGACAUGUCGCGCUGUAUGUGUAUCAUAAUUAACCAAACGAUUAUUAUAUUGUUAUUAUAUUGCAAUUUUUUCGCUAACUGUUAGCUGUAGAUGUUCGAUUGUACCGAAACCUAUAGUUAUAUCUACGUUUAAGAUUAUUGAAUUAGUAGUGAAAUAUGGUUCUAUAAAAAUCUUGCCUAAAAAAAAUAAUAUUAGUGAGUUGUCGUUUCCUCGUACGUAUAAAAUGUUUUUUCUAAAUAUUUAAGUUCUUAA